GUGUGUGUGUGUGUGUGUGUGUGAGUAGCUCACAGGGUCAGUUCUGGAGGAUGUGUGGAAGCAGAGCGGAAAAUCUCACAUGGACGAACUGGUCCGGAAAAUCGAGGAGAUCUUACUGGACUCUCAGUGCAGCCGUGAUGUGAGACAGAUGUUGUUGAAGCUGGUGGAGUUGAGAUCCAGUAACUGGGGCAGAGUUUAUGCAGCAGCAGCACACAGCGAUGCCACACCCGACAACGACCCCAACUACUACAUGAAUGAACCCACUUUCUACACUGCGGAUGGAAUUCCAUUCACAGCCGCUGACCCAGAUUACUCUGAGAAAUAUCAGGAGAUUUUAGAUCGAGAGGAUUACUUUCCAGACUUCUAUGAGGAAAACGGAAAUGAAGCGCUCUACAGUGCGGAGGAGGAGAUGGAGCCAGAGAUAGAAGAGGCGUUUGAGAAGUUCUGUCUGGAGACUGAGAGAAAAAAAAACAUGAAUCUUUAAAGCACUGAAGUGUCUGCUGUGGCCAUCACCAUGAACAUCCACAGCACAUUUUAUCCUCCUUUUCUUUCCAUCGUUACACAUAAAGAGCACAGGCUGGAUUUAGA